AUGGAAACCCGUAAAAAUAAUAAUAUGUUUUCAAAAGUUGGAACAAAAGAAUUUAUAUACAUUCUUUUUGUCAUUUGUUCAUAUUUGAAUACGUUCAACUAUAAAUAUGCCAACUCAUACAAAGGGAAUGAUAUUAGGAAUUUAUCUGAAGCAAUUAUACAAGAACAGAAUUUAAGGAAAGGCCAUGUACAAUCAUUACCUAUAGAAGAAACAACCUCACAGGAAACUACCUCAAAAGCAUCAACUUCACAGGCAACAACCUCAAAAGCAACAACUUCACAAGCAACAACUUCACAAGCAACAACUUCACAAGCAACAACUUCACAAGCAACAACUUCACAAGCAACAACUUCACAAGAAACAACCUCAAAAUCAACAACAUCACAAGAAUCACAUGAACAACUAACUGCAGCAUCAUUAAAUGCAGAUGAAACACAAUCAAAUAAAGUAAGUAAUAAAAUUCAUAACUUACCUGUACCAGCCGCAGACAGUACAGUAUCAAAUGAAUUUAAAACACAACCUCAAAGUGCAUAUGAACGGAAAUUAUUUGAAGAAUGGCAACACCUAAAUAUGUUUGAACAUUCUAAUUGGGUAAAUAUAACAGUACAAAGUUGUCAAGUUUUAGUACAAGGAUUAACAUCAUUAGAUGAUUAUGAUGCUAAAUUUAAAAGUUGGUCUGAUAUGGUAGAACUGCUAGCAGAAUUUCGUAUGACAUUAUAUAACGAAAGUAAUAAUGUUUUCCAAGCAUUAUUAAAUGAAUUUAGAGAAGCAAGAAAAGAAAAACCAAAUGAAAAUUUAACACCAGAAGAAGAAGAACAAUGGGAUUUCAUAAAACAAACAAGAAUAUCAAGAUGA